UCGAUAAUCACAACAAACGGCAAUCGACACCUUGCCGGCUUACUAUUUUGAUUAUAUAGCCAUUAUAUAGCAUGGCCCAGUAGCUGGAAGCUUGAAAUCAACUGAAAAAGGGCGAGAAACGUCAUGAACUUUGCACGCCUGGGAUUCGAGCAGAUGCUCCUGCAGAGCCUCCGAACGACCCGCCGCCGCCAGCCAACACAAUGGCUGAUGAACCACCACAGGCGAGGGAUGGCCAGUGGAGCCUCCUCGUCCCCUGCUGCUGCGGCAACCAAAAAGCAAACAUCACAGAGUGCACAGGUAAAGCCGUUGCCUUUGGCAGAGGAGCGCCUGGAGUCCAUUCUAUCACCCAUUCGCACCCGGCUCAUCCGAAAGAAGCGCCUGGCCAUCGACGAGCUGUCCGCCUUGGGCUUUCUCAACGCCCGUGGCUACACCACCGCUGAGGAGUACAACUUGGAGGAUCUGCAGAUAGCGCUCCGUCAACAGAAUCUGUAUGAGACGAAGCGCUUCUUUUCCACGGACAAUCUGGACGCCGAGCAGAAUGUCCUGUUUGUGGCGGCCAAAUAUCCCACCGGCCAGCAGCCGCGUGAGAUUUUCUUUUUCCGCGAGGGAUCCGUGGUGUUCUGGAACUGCAGCGACAUCGAGACGAACAAUGUGCUGAGCUUCCUGCGAUCCUUUGAGCGCGAGUCGUAUGUGAGCGCCCUGGUCCACGGCGAGAGCGAGGUGAUGCCCUACACAUACAUACCGUCGACGGCAGUGGAUGUGGAGGGUGAUCUGGUGGCUGAGAGCAGCGACUUUAAUGUCGCCUCACGUGCCUUCUUCCAGAACGGCAAGUUCUUUGUGACCGCCGACACGGAUAGCUUCCUGUACAAGUACACCUUCUCCAAUGCCAUGGCACAAUCCAUUAAGCUGGGCAUCUGGGAGGCCACGCUGACCCGCUACAUAGACUCCAUAGAGCACUUGACGGAGGAUCUGAAGCGGGGUCGCCGUCUGCGAAUUUCACGGGCGACAAUGCUACGCAAAACCGGUGAACUCUUUGCCCUGCGUCAUGUUAUCAAUCUGUCGUCGGAUCUGCUGGACACACCGGACUUUUACUGGGACCGCGAGGAGCUGGAGACGCUCUAUUUGCAAGUCUGCUCCUACUUUAGUACCACGCGACGCACCAAGGUGAUGAACGAGAAGAUCAAUCACUGUGUCGAGCUGGCCGAGCUUGUUUCGCACAACCUGAACGAUGCCCAUCACAUUCGUCUCGAGUGGAUGAUCAUCAUCCUGAUCAUGGUGGAGGUGGGCUUUGAAAUCCUGCACUUUGUCAGCGAUGAGCCGCAUGGAUCGUCGCUGGAGGUGGUGCCCCUGGCAGCCAGUCCUGCCAAUGUUCCUGCUCUGAUGCCCAAGUAGCAGCAAGCCGAGUGAAAUCUUUGUAAUAUAUGUAUAAUUGUACCGUCGCCAAAAUAUAUACUAUAUAUAUUUAUACUUAGAUCGGUUAGAAGUCGAAACAAGUCACAAAA